UCCAGCAGCAGCCUGUGUUUUGUUAUCGUUUCUCAGCUGAUAUUUCAGUAACAAUGUCUUCAGUUCAGCAUCUGAGGGAUUUUAUCAGACAGAGAUUAACUGCUGCUGCGGAAGAAAUCUUCACCGAGGUUGAAAAAACCAUCGUCCGCUACGAGGAGGACAUUAAACUGCUGGAAACCUGCUGGAAUAAACCUCAGAUAAAACUCACCACGACCGAGCGCCCAAAUCCUCGUUUCCAUGGUGAGGAUGGGGUUCAAACAGACCAGAGUGCCAGUGAAAACCUGGGGGAACCAGAACCUCCACGUCUCCAGAGGAACCUGCAGGAACGCAGGCCUCCCCAUCAUCCAGUCAGCCAGACGGAACCAGAAUAUUCCUGGUUGAAUCAGAACCAGCAGGAAGCAGAACCUCCACAGGAGGAGCCGCGGUGUGCGGAGGUUAAAGAGGAGCUGGACGAACCAGAACCUCCGACUGAACUGAACCAGGAGGAGGUUAAAGAGGAUCAACCGGAGCUGCUGCAGAUUAAAGAGGAGGAAGAGGAGGAGGAGGAGGAGGCGUGCGGCAGCCAGCAGGUGGAGCAGUUCAUCCUGAAGCAGGAGCAUUUCGACUUCACUGAGCCUCUGAGUCAGGAAGCCGACCUCAGUGAGGGAGAACCCAACAUCCAGCGUCUGUACGCCGUCAGCUUCCCUUCGGCUGGGAACCAGAGCCACGAAGAACGCAGCUUCCCCACGUCUGACGCGACUUUGUCCACCGCCGAUAAAUCGGUCAAAUGCGACGUUUGUGGGAAAGUGUUUAAGAAGAAGCAUCACUUCAACCGCCAUCAGAGGAUCCACUCAGGCGUGCGGCCGUACGCUUGUACGAUCUGCGGGAAAGGCUUCACGCAGAGCGGCCACCUGAAGAACCACAUCAGGACUCACACCGGCGAGCGGCCCUUCUCCUGCGACACCUGUGGGAAAAGUUUCUCUCAGGUUGUCAGCCUGAACGUCCACAUGCGGAUCCACACCGGCGAGAGGCCGUACGCCUGCGAAAUCUGCGGUAAAAGUUUUACGGUGGUGACCAACCUGAACUUCCACAGGGGAACCCACGCGGACGAGAGGCCGUUCCCCUGUGAGACCUGUGGGAAGGGCUUCGGGAACUACACGUCGCUCAAAGCUCACCGCAGGAUCCACACACAGGGCCGGCUGCAUUUCUGCGAAACCUGCGGGAAAAGCUUCACCAAAAACGCAGCGCUGAAGGUCCACAUGAGGACGCACACGGGCGAGAGGCCGUACCUGUGUGAACGCUGUGGGAAAUGUUUCAUCAGUAAGGGGGACCUGAAAGCUCACGUUAGAACACACACCGGCGAGAGGCCGUUCACCUGCGGGACCUGUGGGAAAAGUUUCAUCCAGAGAGGAACUCUGAACGUCCACAUGAGGAGCCACACUGCAGGAACAAACGCCAACGCUGAACUGCUGGGCUUUAAAACUCAACAUGUCAACAGUAGAGUUAGUGGGAGAAACUGGAAUCUACUGGAGUUUGUCUUGAAGGAUGAAGACUUUCCUUUCAUGGAGACUCCCACCUAUCAACACAGAGACUUUGAUGAAGCAGAACUGAGCGGCGAUCAGAACCGGUACCAGGAGGAAAGCAGCUCUCCUGUGUCAGAGAGCCGCUCUGAUUCUGUCUGGUGCCUCUACAACCUAGGAUCCACCGGCGAGAGGCCCUUCUCCUGUGAGACGUGUGGGAAAAACUACACCCAGGCUGGCGAUUUUAUGAAUCAGCAUGUUUGGAAGGAGGAAGAGGAGGAGGAGGAAGAUCUCUCUGAGCAGCAGCUUUGGAUCCAACAGAACUUCUCUGUUCUGGACCAGGAGGAACUCGGAUGUCCGGGUAUUAAAGAGGAACCGGUGGAACCAGAACUUCCUGAUGCUGCAGAGGAACAAGAUGAGGAAGAACUGGCAGAUCAGAGGGAACCAGAACAUUUACUGAUCAAAGAGGAACAGGAGGAACUGCAACUUUCACACAUUAAGGAGGAACCAGAACCUGCAGGAUUCGGAUCAGAUCGAGGGGAACCAGAACCUUUAGUGAUUAAAGAGGAAACGGUACAAGCAGAACCUUCACAUAUUAAGGAAGAACAGGGUGAACUAGAGCUUUCAGGGGUCAAGAAGGAGCAGGAGGAACCAGAACCUGCAGUAGAACCUGGAGGACAUUCAGAACCGUCCCAGUUUGAGGAGCCUCAGCUGCUGUCCUUCCUGAUCCACAGCAGUCAGCAGAUCCAGCAGCUGUUGGUGACCCACUCGGCUGAUGGCUUAUUGGACUCCUGGCCGGAUCAGAGGCGCAGCUCCAGGGAACCAGAACCAGAACCAGAAGUGGAUCAUCUGUACAGCCGGUCUGGCCGGAGUGAGGCAGGAAGCAGCGGUCCUGUGUCUGACAGCCGGGUCCACUCCGACCCAGAACCACCGGUGAAAUGUGACGUCUGUGGGAAAGUGUUCAGGUACGAGCACAGCCUGGUGGAACACCAGGGCGUCCACUCAGGGGUAAAGCCGUACGCCUGCGACUCGUGUGGGAAGAGCUUCACGCAGCCCAGCGGGCUGAAGGUCCACAUGAGGAUCCACACCGGGGAGAGACCCUUCACCUGCGAGACCUGUGGGAAGAGCUUCCGCUACAGCAGCCACUUCCACGUCCACCGCAGGACUCACACGGGGGAAAACUCCUUCUCCUGCAACACCUGUGGGAAGGUCUUCACUCGGAUCGGCAGCCUGAAUGUACACAUGAGGUUUCACACGGGCGACUGGCCCUUUUCCUGUGACACAUGUGGGCGGGGCUUCAGUAACGGCUUCCAGCUGGACAUCCAUAGGAGGACGCACGCCGGCGAGUGGCCCUUCUUCUGUGAGACCUGUGGGAAAGGAUUCUGCAGGCGCUUCAGUCUGAAGGUUCACAGGAAGACGCACACAGCCGAGAGGCCUUACAAGUGUGAAACCUGUGGGAAAAGUUUCCGUGACCCUUCGUAUUUAAACGUUCACAAGAGAACUCACACAGGGGAGAAGUACUCCUGUUCCACAUGUGGGAAGAGCUUCACCCAGCUGGGCAGUUUGAACGUCCACAGCAGGAUGCACACAGGAGAGCGGCCAUAUCUGUGUGUGACGUGUGGAAAAGGUUUCAUCAACAGCAGCCAGCUGAGUCUGCACAGCAGGACUCACACGGGUGAGAAACCGUUUUCCUGUGACGCCUGUGGUCAGAGCUUCUCCAGGAACAGCAGCCUGGUUGUCCACAUGAGGACACACACCGGGGAGAGACCCUACCACUGCAGGACAUGUGGGAAAAACUUCACCCAGUACGGCGUUCUGCAGAUCCAUGUCAGAACCCACACCGGGGAAAAACCCUUUUCCUGUUCAGCAUGUGGAAAAAAAUUCAAUCAGAGCAGCAGUUUGAUCAAACACAUGCAGGUUCACACCCAGAGGAAGGCUGUUCCUCUCUAAGCCUUCAAAACGUAGAUCUACAGGUUAAAGAAUUGUCGUUAACAUAGACCUUCAGAUACAUUAAUAUAAUCUCCAAAUAAAACAACAAAGAGUAAAACAUGGCAGGAAGAUAAACUAGUUGAAUUCAAAAGAACCAAAAAUAUGUUUAUGAUCGAAGGAGGAAACAUCUGCAGCGUCACGUUUUCUGACUCCAUUAAUCAACAGAACAGUUUUCUAUUUCUGUUCCAUUUUUUACUCAAAUGAAGUUUUUUCUUUGACACCAAACUGCAUGGUCUGUCAUAGGAAGCUUAAAUAAAUGACUUAUUACACUAAACUUAAUUGAUUACAUCAUAAAUGCUGACUAUGUAACUCCUUUACUAAACUCUGAAAUGUUAGUUUUGUCUUCAUGCUAACUUGAGCGCGGCGCUCUGGUUGAUACCAGAGACAUAAAGAUGUUAAAAACUCACAGGAAGGGAUUUUAUUUCAUAUGAAAUAUAAUAAUAACCAAAAGAUUUGGGUUCAUUUUCUAUUAAACUUAAUUAUUUUACUCACUAACUAUUAAAAGAUGAAGAAUUUUAAUUAAGGAAUAAUUAAAAAGUUCUAUUGACUCAAGAAGAUUUGAAUCCUUUCUCCUCUGUAACUUAAACUUUUUUAAUGAAAGAGUCUUUACUUUGACUAGACCGUUAUAUUAGGUUAAGAUAAAUAAGUUCAGUAAAAUGUUCUGGUUCUGGUUCUGGUUCUGGUUUUGCCUCAACGACUCGGUUCUGCUCACUCAGAUCAAAUAACCUGUUUGUUCUUGAGGAUUGGGUCAUAAUCUGAUUCAUGUAAAAAAUGUGCUGAAAAUAAAUUUGUAACUUUGU